GGCGUGUCCUUGCCUUCUUCAACCCCCGUGCUCCACCUUCACCACUCCACCAGACUCUCUCCGACCCACCAUGAGCUCUCCCACUGAUUCCGAGCGACCAACCAUAGCCUCCCAAGACGAUAACAUGCCUGAAGAAAACCAGCAAAACCCACAAGACCUACAAGACCCACAGUCUCAUCCCCAAUCCCCCAAAACCCUAACCCUAGAACCUCCGAAUCCCCACCAGGACGAUCAAAAUCCGCAAAAUCCACAAGACGCGCAAAAUCCACAAGACCCAUUCGAGCAAAACCAAAUCCAGGACGACCCAGAACCUUUUCCGGUUCUCUCUCCCCGAAUCGCCGACCCUCACGUGUCCACCAUCACCUCCGUCUAUCGCCGAGCCCCGAAACGCAAGAGGAAAGGGGUGAAGCGCCGUCUCGAUAGAGAAAAGUCCCAGAAGAAGCUCGAGAUCCUCGUCGAAACGUUCAAGCCCAUCCCUUUCAUUCCUUCCAAAACCCUUGACUUCCAGAGCCACGAGAAGCUUCUAAGGCGGCUCGGCCUAUGGGACUUUGUCCACAUCGAGUUCGACAAGAACCUCCGAGCGGACCUCCUCGCGCAGCUGAUCGCCAUUUACAACCCCCAAUCGCGGUGUAGCUACGUGAAUGGGGGUCGGGUCAACGUCAACCGGGCCGAUUUGGCGCGUGCGUUAAAGUUGCCGUUGCCGGCGAAGAAGAAUGUGGUGCUACUGGACGAGGAGGCAGAGGCGGAGGCUGGGGGAUCUAUGGCGGAGUCGAUAGGGUUCGUGGAGGAUUUCGUGUCUAAUUGGGUGCUUUUGCAUGAGGAUACGUGGAUGAUGCCGAACGAGGUGUUGAAUUGGACGAAAGUGAUCAAGGAAGGGCAUUUCGAGAAGGUGGAUUGGGCUAGUUUGAUCUGGUUCAUGGUAGAGAAGGAGCUGGGGCAGGCGCCAAAUCUCACAAAUUGCUACUACGCCUCUCAUUUGCAGUAUCUGAUAAGGUCGCAGCGCGAAGAUUUGCUCAAGGUGGAGCCUAAGGUGGAGGAGGUUGAGGUGAAGGAUGAGGAGGAGGAAGAUGAGGAGGAUGUGGAUGGUAGUGCGGAUGUCAAGACGGGUGAGGUUGAAGAGUUCCGGGGUCACGAAUUGGAGGAAAAUAGUAUUGAAUUGAGUCUUGGUCAAGACAAUGUGGAGAGAGUGGAAGAGAAGGUUGAGAGAAUUGAAGAAAAGGUUGAGAGUGUUGAGGAGAAGGAGAAGGUUGAGAGAGUUGAGGAGAAGGUAGAGGUUGAGGUUGAUGUUGAUGUUGAUGUUAAUGUUGAGAAGGAGCGUGGUGGGAAUGAGGAUGUUAUGGAUUUUGAGGAAUGUAGGGAGGAGUAUAAGGAGGAGGAAGGAGGUGGGCAAUGGCUAUUUGAUAGGAAGAGCAAUGUUGGCGAUUUGGCUGAGUCGUUUCUGAGGCCGUGUAGUGUUGGUGAAGUUAAAGGAUUGGAUUGUGAGGAGGAAAAGAGAGAAGAAGUGGAAGAAGGAGAGGAAGGACAAGAGGAAGAAGGGGAAGAAGAAGAAGAAGAAGAAGGGGGGCAAGAGGUUAGUGGGUUUCAUCUUUCGCCUAAGUGUAAUCCGCUAGAGGGGUUGCCUUCAGGGAGUUUAAUUCAGGAAAUGGAAGGGGUGCAAAUGCCUUUUAGCACGGAGUUGGAACUCCGUGAUCAUUCGGCGGGGGAUUUUUUAUCGUCUAGGGAUGAUGGUAGGAUUAUUUCUGGUGGUUCGUCGCUUUUUGGUAAUAAUAAUAAGAGAGGGAUUGGUCAUGAGAAUGAUAACAUUCAUAAUUCUCUUAAUGAAGGUAAUAAAAGGUUGAGGAGUGAUGGGCCAUGGGAUGGUAAAGUGGCUGAUUUUGAUAUGUGUAUGGAGCAAGUACAGCAUUGGGUUGGGAAAGCUAGGAUGAUGUAUGCGGCGAAAGAACAGGCAUGUGGGGAAGCUACUGUGAAUCAGCAGUUCUUGCUAAAUGAGUUGCAUCAGCGAGAUAGUAUGAUUGACCACUUGCGCGCGACUAAGUAUGAAGAACAACAAAAGAGUCAAGUGGAGUUUUAUAGGCUUGAUCGUGAACUCUAUAUGAUGGGACAUCUGUUGGAUGGCUAUAGGAAGGCCUUGAAGGAAAUUAAUGGAGCAUUUGCUGAAUACAGAGCACGCUGUCCGCAGCCUGAAGAGCCACUUUACAAGGAUGUUCCUCAAUCUGGAGGUCUUGUUCUCAGCUCCAUGGAGCUAGAAAAGCAACGCUUGAAGCAAGAAGAAGAAGACAGGAUGAACCGUUUGGUGAUCGAGAAGAAGGUUAAAGUCUUUGAAGGAGGAUGGAUUAGUAAAUUUGAAGCACAUUUUGAAGGGGUUGAUUUGCUUGGUAGUAGGUUGCUGAAUGUUGAGAGUGGAGUGAAACUACUUAAGGAAUCAUUUGCAAAACGUAAGCUUUCUGAAAUAUCAGAUGGAGCUCCCAAUGAAUGAUGCACUACUCUCUUUUGUAUCAGAGUUACGGAUUGAAAAUUUACCAGUACUUGUUUUCCAAUAUUAUGAAGCAGACCCAUGAAGUGAUUGACAGGAUACGGGUUGAAGAGCUUGUUAAGGUUGGUAUUACUAAUCUGCCAUGUUUUGCUGCAAACUUAUUCUACCAAGAUGUAUAAAGUAGCUAGGAGUGGCAUUGAAGGAGAUACACGAGGAAAGAAUGUCCUAUAUGUUAUUUGCUUGUGCGAUGUUAUUAUCUGAAACCGGUAGUUUAUAGGGUGGAGUCAACUAUCAAAAGUAGUGGAAAAGUUACAUAUUUUUAUCAAUAAUACAUGCAACUCUUGCUCUUGGAAGUUGGUUAAUGUUUUCUUAAUGAGUAAUCAGAUUUUAGUUGUC